AUGCGUUUCUUCGCCGUUGCCCUCGCCCUUGCGGCCCCCCUGGUCUCGGCCAUCGAGUUCACCAGCCCGUCCCUCAACUCGACCGUCACCAAGGGCUCCAGCUAUGAGCUGACCUGGAAAACGGUCGACACGGACCCGUCGGUCUUUAGCAUCUUCCUCGUCAACUUUGUCAACUGGCCCCCUUCCUACACCCUCUUGGCCCAGGACAUCGAGACUGCCGCCGGCGCCGCCUCGGUCAAGGUGCCGUGCUCCGCUCUCAACUCUUACGGUUACCAAUUCAACGCCAUCAACGGCACCAACGUCUACGUCAUCUACGCGCAGACGUCCAAGUUCUCCAUCUCCGGAGCCGACUGCACCGAUGAUGCCACCACGCUGCCCCCGGCUUCGCCCUCCACCUGCGCGCCGCCGAGCACCGUCACUGUCACGGUGAGCAAGACCCUUUCCAAGAACUCCACCGCGACGGCGACGGGCGGUUUCUCGGCGGCCCAGACCAAGUUGACGACCUCCGCCGCCGUCGUCUCGGCCUCCCAAUCCACUCCCGCCCCCGUCUUCCAUGGCACUUGUCCUGACACCGUUGGCUGGUCCUCAGACUACCAUCACCCCGUAACUCUCACCAAGCCCCCUCACCACCCCAACGACACCCGCUUCCCCCAGCCCACCAAGGCCCCCUACCCGACCGGCGGCAAGGGCUCUUUCUACGGGGCCGGCGAAGAUGAGGACGAUGACGACGAGGAGGUGACCAGCACCAUCUACCGCACCACCUACCUGCCCUUGGAGAUGGCCCCUACCGGUGCCUGCACCUGUUAA